CAUACUCGAAGCCAACUGACAAAACUUCUCUUCCAUAGCUAAACUCUCUCUCUCUCUCUCUCUCUAAACUGCAGCCAUGGCGAGUCCAGUUUGGGUUUUCGCAUCUCUCAUUUUCUUAAUUUCAGCUUCUGCUGCAAGUGCUCAGAGUAAAGUGACGGAUAACCCUGCUGAUGAGCUCGUGGCCGUGGUCAACGGCAAUCGAACAGCUAGCAAACUGUCGUCCUUGUACAGCAGCCAAGGCCUCGCGUGCAUUGCUCUCCAAUACAUCAAAGCGUACCAAGGGGACUGUGGUGCCGUAGGCGGACCAAAGGCCAAGAAACCGGCUGACUCUGAGUUUACUGAAACUUUUGCUCCCGUCUGCGGUGUUGUGGCCUCGACCCUCGCCCCCAUCACCGGCCGCCUACUGGGGUGCCAGUCGAAGUACCUGAAGCCGUCGGAGGCGUUUUCAGAGAUCUUGAUGAAAAACAACAAGAGCAUGGAGAUAGUUCAGAGCAAGAACCACACGGAGGUCGGUGCUGCUGUUAGUGGCUCGGACAGUGGCUCGUACUUUUGGUGCGUGCUGUUCAGUAGUGGGAAGUCGAACAGCAGCUUCGCAUUGGAAGGGACUACGGCCAAGAUAAGCCGGCCAGGAUGCUUCAGCGGCGCCAAUGAUGUGUGUAGUGGCGCUGCUUUGUCGAGGACGCCUCGUGUUUGGCCGGCCGCUGCGGCUGGUUUGAUUGCAUUGGCUUAUGCAUUUGGAUUUUGAGAUGAGAAUUAAAGAUUUUGAUAUACCAAAGCUCUUUGAAUUAUAUGCCACAGCCGCGGUCCGGCCCGGCCCGCCGCGUUAUUUAUGCCCUAACAUUGUCACUAAAUAUGUCAUUCCCUUUAAUACCUCACAUCAUUUUGUACUAAUUUCGUCCUUAAAUAACAUCUACAUGGUAUGUAUCCUAAAUUCAUGUAUUCUAGUAGGCGUAUUAGUGCAAGCAUCCUCUUUUUCGAUUUA